AUGCGUCCUUCCCGCCUAGGACAAAUCCUCGUCACGGCCUUCCUCAUCACCGAGACUGUGAUUGCGACGCUGGUCAGCACGCACCUUGCCUCCAACGACGACCUCACCUGUCCGCUGCAGGAGAGAUGGAAGCAAAUGUACAUGAACAAAGACGCGACGAGAAUCCGGCGCAUCCAAGACGCUCUGAAUUGCUGCGGGUUCCGCACUCCGCGAGAUAUGCCAUAUCCAUUCCCACAGGGUCAGCAAGGAACAGACACUUGCAUGGUGAGAUAUGAUCGCGACGCGAGCUGCAUGAACCGUUGGGCAGCAUCAGAGAGGACGGUGGCCUUGUUGCUUCUCCUAGUCCCGACUGGAUUAUUCUUGUGGCAGGUUGGUUACGUCGACUGA